AUGCCGAAGGUCAACAGUUAUGCGCCUGCUUGGCUGUGCCGGCCCUCGCCAGGCGCAAAGUUCUUGUCCAGUUCAACCCAAACCCCAGAACAGGACUCCCAAGACGGACUCAAGCCUACUCCAGCCAGCGGACCUACGCGAACAAUCGCCAAGCGGGGGAAUGAAGUAUUCGCUGUGAUCGACAACCAGAUUCGGUGGUCAAACCUUGCCCGACUUAAAGAUCAAUGGGAACAGCAGGCCAAGCAGAAGAAGGGAUCUGCUGGGGAACCUGAAGCGAAGAGCGAUAAUGCUGAGACAUCCGGCUAUAGGGUUCUCGCUGUGCCCGUUUAUGCACCGAUCAAACAGAUCAUCCCCUCCCCCAAUGGCGCCUUUCUCGCGAUCAUCACCCUGCAGACAGUCCAUAUUGCUGUUCUCCCCGACUCUUCCCACCUUUCCUCGCCCAACUCCGAUUCCAUUCGCCUAAAGACCUACCAUUUGGGACCUACCACCCACGUCCUUCCCGAGGCACCGGUGGUUUCCGCGCUGUGGCACCCACUAGGUCUCCACAGCAACCUGGGAGGAUGUCUCGUCACCGUAACGGCGGAUGCAGCUGUGCGCGUCUGGGAGCUGGACCGCAAUAACCAUUGGUCCUUUGACCAGCCGAGCUUGGCGAUCGAUCUGAAGAAGCUGGUCGAUGGAACCUCCUGUGACCAGGAUUUCGCUCCCUCUGGAUUUGGCAAGAACAAGGGCUUUUCGGCCGAUUUCAUCGACAUGGAGGUUGCGUCGGCGUGUUUUGCUGGCAGUGGAAGCGAGAAAGAGGAUGCAUGGGCACCUAUGACCUUGUGGGUGGCUAUGAAGCCCGGCGACUUGUAUGCGCUGUGUCCUCUGUUGCCUUCCAAGUGGCAGGCUCCCCCUACAACCAUACCCUCCCUUUCUGCGACGAUCGUUCCAAAGCUUGGGGUCUUGGAGCAGGAGCCCGAGGACUCGGACGAGGGAUUGAUUGCCUGUCGCCAGCAGUACGAUUGGCUGGCUGAAAUCGACGAGCAGGAGUCCUUAGUUUUGCCCUCCAGCGCCGGAAACAUCCCAGGCGCAGAGAUAUUUACUCGCCCGGCCAACCCCAGUGCCAUCCCUAGGUUGCAGGGCCCAUUCCGUUUCGAAACCGGCGACGAAAUUGACGAUCUGGAUCUCUGCGACAUCCUUGUUAUUGCGGCCGGUCUGAACGUCGAGGAUCUUAUGAUGGGCGAGGAAGAGGAACUGGCUGUUGAAGCUGCAGACCAAGAAAAGCUCUCGGCGACAGUUCUGUCCCUCACCAGCACGAACGGCCGCGUCCAUGUUUGCCUAGAACUUGACGGCGUCCAGGGACAGUGGCUUCCCAAGGCCAAAAAGAACUCAUUCCGAACACCUCUUUCCGAGCCUGCUGACCUGGUCUUGGUGGAAUCUUUGGAUACUAUCAGAGAUCCCCAGGAUUCAACCACAUGGCCCACUUUCACUAAGGAUGUUCACUCCCGAUACUCUUUCUUUGUCACAACCGCAAAGAACGUGGUUUACCUCUCCUUGUCAGAUUGGAUCCAACGACUGGAAGCCGAAUUGCAGACCGAAGACACUGCAGGCUCCGCUUUCCGCCUUCAAGUUCUCUGCGACGGAAACGUCACCAAGAGAGAGAGAAUCUUGCAGGUUCCCGACGCUGAUAUCUCAUCUCAAAAUGAUCACCUCGCCGGGUCGUUGGUUUUCGAUGACUUCGACCUCGGCUACCUGCUCCUCACUUACCACCCAUCCGGCCCUCAUGCAGCCUUGAUGAACUCCCCGGAAAACUCUCUUACUGUUGCUUUGGACAAAUCGAUUUAUGAGCAACGGGCACCGGCACCGAGCAUGCCGACUCAGCCCCCCAGCCGGGCCCCAUACCAAGUCCCCGCUGUAUUCUAUGCCGCCUCUCCAUUGGACUCAUUCAUCGAGAAACACGUUCCCCAUCGCCAGCGCCACACGCUGAAGGAACAAGUCCGGUUGUCUCCCGCCACAUUGGACCUCGUAGCCACUGCCCACCGUGUUUUGUCCGCGCACACCAACGCCCUUGAGCGUGCUGCCUCAGACCUCUUCCGCCGAUGCGAACGACUGCAGGGCGAAAUGAAGGACCAGUUAAAGCAGCUUUCAGACGUUGCAGAGCGCGUCAAGGGCGUCACAAGCGAGAUUGGCGAAGAUGGAAGUCGGAAGGAGGGGGUCCGGUCUGGAAAUGCUUUGGACAAGAGACUCCAAGCCGCCCAGGACAAGCAAAGCGAACUCACCCGCCGCUACGAGGCAUUGCGUUCGAAGGUUCUGAACUCCGGUGGUCGCCCGCUGAGCGAGAAGGAGAAGUCCUGGGUUCGAGAAGUCAAGGCAUUGUCUGACUCUUUGCGGCCGGACAACGAUCAAGAAGAGGAUCACCAACUCGUUCCGCGAAUUGAAACUGUCAAACGCCUUGCUUUAGAUCUUAUGGCCCAGACCAAGUCCAUCUCUAGCAAUAUGCCCUCCCCCGACCCUAGCAGCCCGGCUUCCCCCAGUGGCCAGCCCAAGGUGCCGCAGCGUUUGCAGCGCGCCAAGGUUGCGGACGCGAUGAGGAUGGUCGAACGAGAGUCUGCUGUUAUUGACGCUAUAACUUCGCGCCUGGAACGACUCAACACUAGUCUGUGA